AUGAGGAUCCCACCAAGCAAGGCUGGCGAGCUCCGGAACGACGGGCGUGGUCAUAGCACAUAUGAAGCAUCCGACAAUGACAACCUCAAAGUCGAGCUAGAUCAGCUCUCCGUGCAGACUCGCCGCUACAUCGAUGUAACUAGUGGUCUUACCCAAAAUGUUGCCAAUCUUACUACUACACUUCAAGAGACACAGGAUGCCCUUGCAUCGAUCAAGACCGAGCUUUCCUCACUCAAGCUCGAGAACGAACAGCUACGAGGCGAACUGAGCGCCUUACGUCUUGAGAAAAACACUAGAAGUAUUCCGCCGAAGAUAGAAAACCUCCCGCUGAUGAAGCUCCCACCUGAUGUCCGUAAAAAGAUCUGGCACCUAGCUGCAGGACCGAAGUCGAUGGAGAUAUUCGAGAUUCGCUGGCGGUCUCCUGUGCCUGACUCGGAGCCACGCUCGAUAGUUACGAUGGAUAAGAGGCGUAUGAGGGUGUCACAUGCCUGUCAAGAAUCUAGGAACCUCUUGUACCCCUCGUCACGAUGCACUGAGUGGCCUCAUACCCCUGUGCAGACGUACAUGGACCCAGAUCGCGAUAGCGUCAUGAUUAACGGCAACUUCAUGAUCGGAAUGAGCUUCGAGGAUAUCCUAGGGCAUGUGCAGCGCCUCAUCCUAACACCCGACCAUGGCAGCUUUCAGAUUAUAGAAGAAAUAGCUUCGAGCUACGGUCCAUGUUGGAAUAUGCGGCAGGUCAGCUUCGUGCUUGAAACUUGGAGCAUUUCGGCCCAGGCGAGCGCCUUGAUCUGCAAGCGGUUAUCUGCACCACUUGCCAUGGCAUCCGAAGAGCUCGUCUCAUUACUGAGGCUAGAAAUAUGCACUGCCAUCGCGCUCCGCAAAUUUAUCCCCGCCAGUCAACCCCUUAAGGUCAAAUUCUACGUCAAUAUUAACCCGGCUAUCGACCAGGCUACGAAGCAAGCCACGCCGAAGGUCAGCACAAGUCGGCUAGACGCCGGGUUGAGGCUCCAAUCUAAUAGACUUCGUGUCCUGGAAGAUCUCGACCCGGCGCUGAGGUGA